CUGGCAGAAAACCAGCAGCUACGCUGCUCCGUUUAAGUUGCAGUAAUAUUGAAGCUGCUCCGACCGGAGUCUGCGUUAAAAUACUAAUUUCAUGAUUGUUUGAAUUGUUUUAUGAUUUAAUUAAUAUACAACGUGUGAGUUUGACUCAAAAAUUGUUCAAGAUGCCAGUUGGAAGAGAUGCUGAGAAGAUAAGUGAGGUGUUUGCAGCGGUGCAGUAUAAUCGCACUGGUCAUCCCAAUUUCAUGAAAAAAUUAAAAAAGUAUUAUGACAAAAUGGAAUUGGAUGAUUUUGUGAGUGAAUUCGUUAGCAAUUUACAAAUUCCCUUGACUUACAUAGAAAAGCAUGCUCAUGUUGAAAAUACACUUCAAUUUGCUGCAAAGUUUAUUAUCGGUCUACAGCCACCAACAAAUGAUGAAAAUGAAGAUGAGUACGAAGAAAUGUGUCCUUUUCUUCAAAGCAUAUUUGAGUUUCUUUUAUCACAUCAUGGAUCUAAAGAAGUUGCUAUACGUUACAGAGUGUGCUAUUUUCUUAAUAUGCUUCUAGAUACAAUGGGUGAAAAUGCUUCUAUUGACGAUGAUUUGUGUAAUAGAAUUUUGCAAAACAUGAUGGAAAGGAUUUUGGACAAAUCUCCUAAAGUCAGAGCACAGGCUGCCAUUGCUCUUUACAGAUUGCAAGAACCAACUAAUAAGAACUGCCCUGUUAUUAAUGUUUAUUUAUUUCACCUAGCCAAAGAUCCCAGUGCUGAAGUACGGAGAGUUAUUUUGGCAAAAAUGGCAAAAAAUAAAACUACCCUGUAUGCAGCCAUUAAACGUACCAUGGAUGUUAAUGAUUCUGUUCGCAAGAUGGCUUAUUUAUUUAUUAGCAGAAUAACUGUGAAAUCAUUGACUAUAUCUCAAAGAGAAAAAUUGCUUAACAAUGGUUUGCAAGAUACAUCAGAGAUCAUUAGAAAGUGUGUUAGAGAAAUUUUAAUCCCAUCAUGGCUUCGUUAUUAUGAUAAAAAUUAUCUGAAUUUAUUAAAAGCCAUUGAUGCUGAACAUGCUGCAGAUACUGCAAUUUUAGCUUUAGAUUGUUUAUUCAAAAAUGCUGAAAUAGGUACAUUGAUUGAACAAUUACCUAUUGAUGAUACUAAGUUUGUACCUAUUGACAAAAUAAGUAGUGAAGUGGUUUUGUAUUGGCGUUGUCUUGCUGAGUUUCUAAAAAAAGAAAACUUAACUGAUGAAUUUGAGCGAAUAAUGCCUGAGCUAUCUCCAUUCUGUGCCUACAUCAAAACAUACAUGAAAUCAAUUGAUGAUAAACAAAAUAAUACAUAUGAAGUUAUAACGCAACAAUUCAUUCUUCUUCAGUUAUUUGAAAUGGUUAAAAUACAUGAUUUAGCAGAUGAAAUGGGUAGAAGAACUCUAAAGGAAUUAAUUUUAGAAACUUUGCAAACUAAUUAUUGCACUGAAAAAAUUACAGAAUGUAUUGUACAAUAUUUUGAGACUGUUGUUCCAGAUGUUAACAGCAGAGUAUCUUCAUUAGUAGAAGUUAUAAGUGAAAUUAGAAUGCCAACAAAAAUUAAUGUGAUGGUCCCUAUGUCUGAAGAUGAAAGACACGAAAGAAAAAUGAAGAGAGCAAAACUUGGAAUGCAAUUAUUAGAAAUGGAAGAUAAAGAAUAUUCUGCUAUACAAGAAAAAAACUACCCUUUGGCCCAAGAAAUUUGUCAAAACAUAAAAGUUUUAAGAGAAGAAAUAGAAAACUUGUCUAAAGAGGCUGAAGUUGUAGAUCUACAACCAUCUCAAAAUGUCUGUGAAGAAAAAAGUGACCCAGAAACAAUGGUACACUGUUUAACUAUCAUGUAUUCCAUGAUGCAAUCAAAAACAAUUACGUCUUUAUCACCAACAUUGAGAACCUUAAUGGAUAGCAUAGCUUUGCCAUUCAUGGCAAUUCAAAACAACAAUGAAUAUGUUAUUCGACUGGCUUUGAAAUGCGUCGGACUAUGCAGUCUUAUAGAUAAAGAAUUGGCUAAAAAAUAUUUCAUGUUAUAUUUUGUGUACAUAUCAGAGUCUAACAGUGAGGAAGUUUGGGUUGCAGCAGCAGAAGUUAUUUUUGAUUUGUUGUUGAAAUAUGGGUUUGAACACUUUAACAUUGCAGCCCAAGAAGAAGAAGAUUCAACUACAAGUAAAAAAGGAAAAGCAGUAAGGUUAUUCUCUGAACAAGAGGAAGAUAUUAAUGUUAAUGAUAAAGAAAUAAGCUGCGAUAAUGGCAAUGUUAACAAUGUUUUAAAAGCUUUAAUGGCAUUAUUGGAUAGCCAGCUCAAAAAACUACAAUCAGUUGCCACAGAGGGUCUUUGCAAACUUAUUUUGCAUAAAAGAAUUAGCAGUCAUUCACUGAUAACACAACUACUUAUUUUAUGGCAUAAUCCUAUUGCAAAAGAAAAUACAUUUUUAAGUCAAUGCUUGUGUACUUUCUUCAAACUUUACAUUGAAAAAGUUCCAGAAAGUCAAUCUAUUUUGGAAGAAGCAUAUCUACCGACAUUGAAGUCAUUAGUCAAUGCUCCAGAUUUAAGUAUAUUACAGGAAAUUGAUCCACUGAGAGUUAGUGAAGUUAUCAUAAAUUUGACCUGCUAUGGAAUCAGUAACACUUACAGCAUUCAUAAUCAAUUGACAUAUACAAUAUUAUGUGAAAUAUUAAAAAUUGAUUCUGAAGUACCAAUAGAUAUAUUAGUAAAAUCACUGAAAAUGUUGGAUGUGCAUUUAGAUGGAGAAAACUUGAAAAAUGAUGUACUGAAAGCUUUGGAUGAUGUUGAAGAAAAACUUGACAAUAGCGGAGAAAAACGUCUGUUGAAAUACAUCUAUGAGUUUAGAAAUAAAGUUAACACCCCUGGAGUUAAUGUACAUGAAACAUCAGACAAUUCAGGCAAUUUGAGCAAUCCUGAAAAUGCAGAAGGUGUUGAAAUGGCUGAUGAGAACAUGGAUCAGCAAGAAGAAAAAAGUGAUGAAAGUAUGAAAGAAGCAUAGAUACAAAUGAUUAAAUGUAUAUUUAGCAAAGACUUAAUGCAAAGUGUAUUUAAUUGUAGCAUGACUUAGUGUACAAAAUAAUUAUAAAUUAUUAUAACUCAAAUUUGUUCUGUUUUUGUAGAACUCAUCAAUUUUUAUACACCAUUAAAAAUAAUUGUGAUGUA